UGGAGGGGCUGUUGAACGCAACCCGCGGAACAUCACUCAGUCGGCUGUGAUGCUGUCUCGCGUUUGCACGCGUCCUACUGUCGCGCUCCUUUCUUGAACUCUUUGCCCGCCCGUGUGCGAACCAGACAGCCGUGUGUCUGGCGGCGCGCCGUCCACGCCGCGCCACAUAACACGAUCCUCGUCGGAGUGACUCGCGGUAGCCACGAUAGUUAGCCGAUAGUCAGCCAUCAAACGGAUUACAAUCCAUUCCAAAUAAAUAUACGAAGAAUAUAAAAGCGCCAGAAAGGGUAGAAAAGAAGAGGAAAACAUUCGUAAUUGUAGAAAAAAAAGUUGCGUGUAUGCUGUGCCGGACGAAUUCAGCGCGAACGUCGACCCAUAGUGAUCGUGCCGAUGGGAGAUUAAUUUUGGUGCGCGGUGCAGUUCGCUCCGAAGCUACACGCCGCAGACACGAUUAAGGGAUCGAGCAUUCCACUCGAUCGUUUUUCCUCGACCGUCAUGGGAGACGAGUUACCUAUAUUGAAAGGAAUCCUCAACGGAGUUGUCAACUAUCAUAAUGCACCGGUGCGAUUCGGCCGUGUGCCCAAGCGCGAGAAGGCCAGGAUUCUGGCUGCUAUGCAGCAAAGCUCCCACAGCCGUUCUCAAGAGAAGGCAGUAGCGGCCGAGCUAGAGGACGAGCAACGUCUCCUGGCCACCGUUGUGCAAGCUCAUCUCGACACAUGCGACUUUACCAGGGACAAGGUAGCUCCGAUCCUGGUCAGAGCUCGAGAGACGCCUAACUAUACCGCGUGUCCACCGACCUUGGCAUGCCCCCUAAACCCCAAUCCUCAACCGUUGACUGGGCAGCAAGAAUUGUUGCAAGACUUCUCGAAGAGGUUCUCACCGGCGAUACGUGGUGUGGUGGAGUUCGCGAAACGCAUUCCUGGCUUUAGCCUACUGGCACAGGACGAUCAGGUCACGCUGUUGAAGGCCGGCGUGUUCGAAGUGUUGUUAGUACGGCUGGCCUGCAUGUUCGACGCUCAAACGAACAGCAUGAUCUGUCUAAAUGGACAGGUGCUCAAACGGGAAUCGAUCCAUAAUAGCAGUAACGCUCGAUUUCUCAUGGACUCGAUGUUCGAUUUCGCCGAGAGGGUGAACUCCUUGCGGCUAUCGGACGCGGAGCUGGGACUGUUCUGUUCGGUAGUUGUGAUCGCCGCGGAUAGACCAGGAUUACGCAACACAGAGCUGGUCGAGCGCAUGCACAAUAAACUACGGAACGCUCUCCAAACUGUCCUGGCACAGAACCAUCCUCAGCAUCCGGAUAUCUUGAGAGAACUGCUGAAAAAGAUCCCAGACUUGAGAACUCUGAACACUCUCCACUCGGAGAAAUUGUUGGCCUUUAAAAUGACCGAGCAACAACAGCAAAUGCAAGCUCAACAACAGCACCAGCAACAGCAACAGCAAACGCAGCACGUGAUCAACGCUCAGCAACCGCAGCAACAACAUUGGCCCAUGGAGGAGGAACCACCUGCAUCUUGGGGUUCAGCCUCGGAUGUAACUCUAGACGAGGCCGUGAAGAGUCCCCUAGGCAGCGUGUCGAGCACCGAAAGCGCGGAAGUCGCUUCUCUAACGGAGUACCAUCACGUGGCCCCUCCAAGUGGUCACCACGCGUCCAGCGCUCCUCUUCUAGCUGCUACCCUAGCUGGUGGUCUUUGUCCUCAUCGUCGACGAGCGAACUCAGGAAGUACGAGUUCCGGCGACGAUGAACUACAUCGUGCCUCUCUCUCGAAGACGCCUCAGCCACCUCAGUGUCCACGAUUCCGUAAGCUAGAUUCUCCAAGCGACAGCGGUAUCGAAUCAGGCACUGAAAAGCCAGAUAAACCAGCAAGCAGCAGUGCCAGCAGUGCACCGACCUCCGUCUGCUCCAGUCCCCGUUCCGAGGACAAAGAAGUUGAAGACAUGCCCGUGCUGAAACGAGUACUUCAAGCACCUCCGUUGUACGAUACUAAUUCUCUAAUGGACGAGGCGUACAAGCCUCACAAAAAGUUCCGCGCGCUACGCCAGAAAGACAGUGCAGAAGCUGAGCCAGCAGUGAUCGUGCAGCACACGCAGUCGCAGCUUCAUCUUCACCUAACCUCGCCACCGGCUCGAAGUCCGUCGAAUCAAGUACAAGCUCAAUGUCCUCAAACGGCCAGUCUAUUGAGCAGCACGCACUCGACGUUAGCCAGAAGCCUGAUGGAGGGUCCACGAAUGACGGCCGAGCAACUGAAACGUACGGACAUCAUUCACAACUAUAUCAUGCGCGGAGAGGCGAGUCCCAGGUCGCCAACUGCAUCGCCCUCGCCGGCGGAGCAGUGCGCCUCCACGACCACGAUCACCGCCCGUUCACCCCAAGGAUCUCAAGGGCUGCUACAGUGCGCUACCAGCAGCUAUUCGACAACCAGAUGGCCCGCUACGUCCGUCAUUACAACGACGACGGGCGCCCGGCAGCAGCAGCAACAACAACAACAGCAACAGCAACAGUCUUCCUCGGACUACCUCAUGGUCGGGAACUCGCCGGCCUCGUCACCAAGGUACUUAUCCGCGGCGGCGACGAGUAGUACGAGCACGAGUCCACGGCCUGCCUCGAGUACGGCAGCGACGCUCGUCCUGUCCGGCUGCCCGAGCAACAUGAUGGAGCUACAGGUGGACAUCGCGGACAGCCAACAACCGUUGAAUUUGUCGAAGAAAUCACCGUCCCCGUCGCCCAGGCCGUUGGUAGGCCCGUGCAAGGCGUUGUCUCUCGAAGCGUAGUGGUCUCAUGGGGUCGUAUGAACGUGUCUUGUUGUUCGUGACGGAUGACGGGUCGUUGUUUGCCCCCCUCCUCCACGCUCUACCAGCCAAGUCCCGCGACAACGCAGUUACGGCGCUUACGGAGCAGCGCAGCCCACCUAUUAAACGAAGCGACGUCACGGAUGGACGGUGUGUUUCGUCGCGACGAAUUCUUUUUUUUUUUUUUUUGGUACAACAAUGGUGGUGUAUAGUUGGUGUCGCACGCGCCAUGCGCCGCUCCCCUCCCGAGACACGAACCAUCGAAAAGUGCCAGGACGCUCAGCAGCGCGUGAUAAACCAAAUAAUUUAUUAAUUUAAACUAUUAAACUAUCGAAUUAAAAGAAAAGAAAAAUGAAUUGCGCGAGACACACGGAAAGGGAGAAUACGGUGGCCAGGUGGCAAAACGCGAAACGUUCUGAACCAGUUUCGCGGACACUUGAUAUACAAUGAAAUAGGCGUGUCUACGCGAUCAGGAAGACGGAGAACGAAUUUGGGAGUGAAAAGUGCAUGGGAGGACGCUGUCUGUUUUCUUUGUUUCCGCGCUCUCCGGCGGUACGUGUCGCGAUCUAUGGACCGUGGACGAUGAUGGGUGGAUCGAGUCACGAAGCACAUUCGAGAAAGUGAUAUCUCGAGGUGUGUUGCCACCGGGAACGGGGGAAACAUGGAGAGUUGCGUGCUUCUUUGAGAUUCAUCUCUAUACCUAAAAACGGAAGCUUACCUACCCAUCUACCUACACCUUACCACCUUAUCGACAAAACUGUGAGAACAACAGCAAACAAGAAGGAGAGCUAUCUGGUCUAGACGAUCUUGAGAGAUAGCGUGUCGAUGCCCCUUUAUAAUAAAGGAAACAAGAAGAAGAAAAGGGGAGCAGCAAAGGUGAGGAAAAGAAGUGGAAGAAGGAGAGGAGGAUUGAAUGUUACAGAAAAAAUUGAGUAAUCUAUCUUACAUGUGAUAAUCAUGGAAAUCGCGCAUCCUGUACAGUACUCCACCUCAUUCAUCGAUCAUCUACUCUACUAUAAUUAUUGAAUAUUAUUACAAGUAAUUAAUAUUAUUGUAACAUGUGUAAGGUAUAAUAAUCGUAAAAAAGAAACGUUAUCAUCUUGUGUAUGUGCGCGUAGGGAAAGAAAAAAAAGACGAGCGUACGAAUGUGAGAGAAAGAGAGAAACAUAGAGCGCAAGUGAGAGAGAGAAAGAGUAUGCGUGCAUGAAAUCGACCAGGAACAAACACAAAAAAAAAAACAAGCGAUAAUAAGAGCAACAGAAACGAACGAAUGGAACGUGAGCGUGCUUGUGCAAGUGAGUCGGGGCAAAAAUCGCAACAAAAGUAUAAUAAAAAACGUAAAAACACGAAGACGCGGACAAAAGAUAUAUGUAUAGAAGGAGGAAGGUUGAAGCGAAGAAAAAUCGAGGAAAGAAAGAAGGAAAAGGUAAAAACAAACGGCUUUUUAGAUCGGGUGACUGUGUCUUCAGUCGGGAAAGCGCGCAUUUUAAAACGGUUUUAAAUAGUAGAAAAUGAAAAAAAAAAGACGAUGUUUCAUUCAGAACAUGUAUAUGAGACUGACCCGGCCCGUCGCGGCCUCCAGAGUUUGCAAUCAACCGUACGUAGUACCUUUGUAAGCCGUAAAACGUAUCGUGCCUCUCGUCUCCAUCGGAUAAACGAGUUUUAAAUCAACCAUCUCUCUUUAACUUCCGUUGUCAACCUCAGAAUUCGGGUCGCGUCCAGUUGUUUCUCCUUAUCGCGAAACAACUUGCAAGAAAGCAUCUAAACAGUCGUGUUGUUCAUCCCGCGAGAAAAAAAAGAAACGGCAAGAAAGAGAUAUGGGACAAAAAAAGACAUGCGACGGAGCGUGCUCGCACGUGUUGUCGCGUGUCGUUGCAAGACAGUGAUGGAUUAAAGAAAAUACAUAGACAGAUAAAUAUAUAGAGGAAUAAAUACAGCCAUAGAAAAGACACGUUUACAGAGAGACGGAGAGGAGAGGCGGAGAACGCGUAUGACGAUAGGAGAGCGUGUGAGAUGCGUGUGUGUGCGUGAGCAAGAAGUAGAGAGUCAGAGAAUACGAGGAGUGACAAAGAAAGAUAGAAAACGACGAGAGGAAAGAAAGGAACGAGAAGAAAUGCGGAGGAAAGCGAAGUCGCGUGGUGUAGUAAUUCGGCGUUAAAGAAACCAUACAAAGUAACAACGGCGCAGUGUAAAUAGUAGAUUCGUAAGGCUAAGUCCUAGAAAGGCGCGAGUGGACGAGUUUUUUGCUUUUUUUUUUUCGAGAAAAACGAAAUGCUCGGUGAGAAAGGAAAGAAAGCGAGAGCGAGAAAGAAAUAUGUAGGGGAAAAUAUAGAGCGAACAAGCGUGUAAAAGAGAUGAAAAAACAUACAGUGCGAAGUUAUAUACGCGGCGGGUCGCCCCCGACGUGUUGUUGAGACGCCCGCCCCACCCCCCUUAUGCCCCCCGUAGUACAGUUGACACCGAGAAGUAUCAUAUCGGUGCAGGAGAGAGAUAAGGCAUAGAACACAAUGAAAAAAAAACCAUAAUGGAAUGUAAAACAGUGAAUCGUGGCGAGAAAAACGCAGCAACAACAACAACAACAACAACAACCUAGAGAAAAUACACGAAGAAACACACGCUUUGAUGUAACAAAACCACAUAAAACAUAUACACACGCGUAUAGACACGGAGCAAAAAAAAAAAACGCAUAGGUCAGCUCGAAACACGAACAACGCGAGAAAGAGAAACGAUAACAUCAUACACGCGAGUAAAACAAGAGUAAGAAAGAGGAAGGAAGUGAUAGGAUGAAAAAUGGUAGGGCAGACGCGAAAAAAAAAAGAAUUGCUCGAUGGGCACGCAUAAAAACCGUUGUCUCGCUACUUUUUUUGAGCGCAGCACCGUUCGAAUCCCCUCGAUCCACACACGCAGACAAAUUCACACACGUUUACACACAACCUUGAAGAAGCUUCGUAGUGAAACCACUCUGUGUAUUUAUUGUACUCGAGGACAAAGUCAUUCCCUCCCCUUUUUACGCUGUGUAUCACAAAGCGCAACACACAUAACACACACGAACAUACACGUACACCACGCUCCCUCGACUCGUUUUUUGACCCUUGAAUCCUUCUUGCUGUCACCUAUCGAUAACCUCUACGAAACGAACAUCCCCUUGUUUCCUUCCUGCAGCAUAUUAGCCAGUCCCCGCUUAGAGAACAAUCCAGCCAUGUGAACAGUUGUCCAUCCGUAUCGUCGUAGCCAUGUCAAGCGUACAUUUACGUGUACACUGGCUGCGAUUUUUCCAUAUCUCAAGCUAUUAUCCACAGAUCGAUGCUAUCGUCUCUUCAGCAAAUCCCCCAGUUCGUCCAAGUAUAAUUGUCCUUUCCAUGUCCAAGUUUCCCAACGAGUUCUCUCACAAUCCUUGUCCUCAAUACCCUGGAUAUGUCCCCGCAAGCGAACUAGCGUUGAUAUUCGUAAUACUUGUUAUGCAUAAACUACACAUAAUGAUUAUUAUAGUAAACGAUACAUAAAGUAUGAUAUAUUUCUCUAUCCAUUAAGAAAAGGAGGAUGCAAGCAGCUGUUGUUUCUUGGUGGAAACUUGAUAUGAGAGAGAGAGAGAGAGAGAGAGAGAGAAAGAAAGAGAGAGAGAGAGAGCGAGCGAGAGAGAAACAGUGCAAGGCAGAGCGCAAAACAACAAAGAUAUAGGGAUGAAGAGAAAACGUAAAAAAAAAAUCAUAAUAAUAAUAAUAAACGAUAAUAUUGAAUGGUGGAAUGAAUAAAAAAUAAGAAAAAAACAUUGUACGGAAAAAAUGAACAUACCGAAAGUGUACUGUAUUACAAUUGCAAGAAUACAAACGCAGCCCCGCAUAUUGCCCAGUGAGCACGUCGUUUUGUACGCUUGGGAGUUGUGAGGUCGUCUGAAUAAACAUUGUCUGGUGAAUUAUACAGAA